GCUCGGCGUGCCCGGCACUCGGCGCGGCCGGCCGGCGCCUGCCGGGCUGGGUCGGAGGCUGAAUUCCGCGCGCGGACCGCCGUUCCCUCUUCGCGGGAUCCUUGGCCACGAUAGCAGAUGCAUUUUGUGGGAGUAUUUUGAGGAUGAAUGUUUGCAAAUCAUUUUGAAAUUGCCAAGCGCCACAUACAUGGGAUGCAUCUUGCUUUUAUCCUGGAGUUUACCUCUGUGGCGUGGAUUUGUCACAGUGGCGUCUGUCUUCGAUCUAUGUGUUAACUAGAAAUCAAGGAAAGACAUGAGGAGGUUUGUUUACUGCAAGGUGGUUCUAGCCACUUCACUGAUGUGGGUUCUCGUUGAUGUCUUCUUGCUCCUCUACUUCAGUGAAUGUAACAGAUGUGAUGACAAGAAGGAGAGAUCCCUGCUACCUGCUCUCAGGGCUGUUAUUUCAAGAAACCAAGAAGGGCCAGGAGAAAUGGGAAAGGCUGUGCUGAUUCCUAAGGAUGACCAGGAGAAAAUGAAAGAACUGUUUAAAAUCAAUCAGUUUAACCUUAUGGCCAGUGAUUUGAUUGCCCUUAACAGAAGUCUGCCGGAUGUAAGAUUAGAAGGAUGCAAGACAAAGGUCUACCCUGAUGAACUUCCAAACACAAGUGUAGUCAUCGUGUUUCAUAACGAAGCAUGGAGCACUCUCCUUAGAACUGUGUACAGUGUUAUAAAUCGGUCCCCACACUACCUACUCUCUGAGGUCAUCUUGGUAGAUGAUGCCAGUGAAAGAGAUUUUCUCAAGUUGACAUUAGAGAAUUAUGUGAAAAAUUUAGAAGUGCCAGUAAAAAUUAUUAGAAUGGAAGAACGCUCUGGGUUAAUACGUGCCCGCCUUCGAGGAGCAGCUGCUUCAAAAGGGCAGGUCAUAACUUUUCUCGAUGCACACUGUGAAUGCACGUUAGGAUGGCUGGAGCCCUUGCUGGCAAGAAUAAAGGAAGACAGGAAAACAGUUGUAUGCCCCAUCAUUGAUGUGAUUAGUGAUGAUACCUUUGAAUAUAUGGCUGGGUCAGACAUGACUUAUGGGGGUUUUAACUGGAAACUGAAUUUCCGUUGGUAUCCUGUUCCCCAAAGAGAAAUGGAUAGGAGGAAAGGAGACAGAACACUACCUGUCAGGACCCCUACUAUGGCUGGUGGCCUAUUUUCUAUUGACAGAAACUACUUUGAAGAGAUAGGAACUUACGAUGCAGGAAUGGAUAUCUGGGGUGGAGAGAAUCUUGAAAUGUCUUUUAGGAUUUGGCAAUGUGGAGGCUCAUUGGAGAUUGUGACUUGCUCCCAUGUUGGUCACGUUUUUCGGAAGGCAACUCCAUACACUUUCCCUGGUGGCACUGGUCAUGUCAUCAACAAGAACAACAGGAGACUGGCAGAAGUUUGGAUGGAUGAAUUUAAAGAUUUCUUCUAUAUCAUAUCCCCAGGUGUUGUCAAAGUGGAUUAUGGAGAUGUGUCAGUCAGAAAAACACUAAGAGAAAAUCUGAAGUGUAAGCCCUUUUCUUGGUACCUUGAAAACAUCUAUCCGGACUCCCAGAUCCCAAGACGUUAUUACUCACUUGGUGAGAUAAGAAAUGUUGAAACCAAUCAAUGUUUAGACAACAUGGGCCGCAAGGAAAAUGAAAAAGUGGGUAUAUUCAACUGUCAUGGUAUGGGAGGAAAUCAGGUAUUUUCUUAUACUGCCGACAAAGAAAUUCGAACAGAUGACUUGUGCUUGGAUGUUUCUAGACUCAAUGGACCGGUAAUCAUGUUAAAAUGCCAUCAUAUGAGAGGAAAUCAGUUAUGGGAAUAUGAUGCUGAGAGACUCACCUUGAGGCAUGUUAACAGUAACCAAUGUCUUGAUGAACCUUCUGAAGAAGACAAAAUGGUGCCUACCAUGCAGGACUGCAGUGGAAGCAGAUCCCAACAAUGGCUGCUAAGGAACAUGACUUUGGGGGCAUGAAGACCAUUUUCCCCAAGCCAUGAAAGUGUCUACACUUUUGUUUUUCCAUUAUUUCAGUUAGGGAAAAAUAUUAACUUUGCUGAAUUGAAAGUUUUAAAAUCCUUUUAGUAUUCUAAAAUACAGUUGUUUAUAAUUCAUUUUUAGGAAUGUUUGCUUAUUUCCCUACUAAAAUUUGUAUCUGAUCAAAAAGCACAUAAAAAAUACAAAUAACAGCAAACUGUUAUUAAACAUCGGAACAACUUCAAAAACAAAUUGUGUUUGCUUUUAAAAAAAAUCUUUAUUGCCCUCAUAUCACAGGAUUAGUUGGGGGAUUAUUUUUAUUUUUUCUUGUCAUAGUGAUUGAAAGAGACAAUGUAAAUGCCUUAUAAAAUAUCUUCAUUAUGAAAUAUCAGUUGUUUUAUAAACUCACUCUGUUUCCACUGGACCUUCAUGGAAGCAUGUUCGAUUUCUAUGUCAACAGCAAGGCCACACACUGAAUUAUUUCUGAGCAAUGAAUUCAUCGUACUAAAUAAGUUCCAAGUUUUGUACCAGGAAGAAAAUUAAAUUGGAUAUUGAUUUCUCAUGGAGUUCUUAUAAAACAUCACAUUUAAACAAAAAAGAAGAGGAGAAUUUGAAAAUUCAGAAUUUGAAAAAAGUACAUGAAAUCAAGAAACUAGCUGGGCAUUGAGAGGAACAAGAAGAAUCAUUUUACAAGAUAUUUACAACUGGAAUUACAUUAACAUUUACAACUGAAUCAUUUUAAAAGAUAUUCCAUUUGGGUUGCAAUCACUCCUAACAGGCUGAGUGUAACAAUCGUCUUGGUCCCAGAGUUGGUGUCAGAAACUCAAUCCUUAACCACUGUCUUUGUCUCACAUACACUAUACAGUCUUCACCCUAGAGACUGUGAUGUGUAACUUAUGCUGUACAGAAUCAUAGAUGAAGGGUAAAGUUUUAGCCCUAAUUUUUAAUUCUUUUGCAUUUAAAGAUUUUAGUUAGGUCACUAUUACCAUUUUAAUUUUAUAGUUUAAAAAAAUAAUGCAUUACUAUCAGAAUUUCAUUGCUAUGCUAGACUGUCUAAAGAAGUUUUCAUCACCAAGGGAAUGAAGUCAAUACACAUCCAUUAAACUUUUAUUUUAAUUUAACUGCUAGAUAGCAUUCACCAUAAAUUAUGGCUCACAGAACACAAUCACAAUUAGGCUAGCUUCACAUGUUCUUCUUCAGUCUUAAAACACUAUGCGUUCAGAAUAGAUGAGCAAAAAACAUGAAAAGGAAGAAAAAUCUGUUAGUGAGAUUUGUGCUAGUAAGUUUUAGUAUUUGACACCAUUUAAAAUGCCCAUAAAGUUGCUCUACAUAUGCAUUUUAUUCAUUAUAAAUGCACUCAGCAGCUAAGAGAAAUUUAGGGGAAAAAAUGGAAGAAGCAUCCUCUAGAGUAGAAGAUGCCACAUCUUCCCUCUUGUCUUUUCUUAAAAAACUCAGAUAGAAAAUAUUAGUUCGGCUACAGGCAAACUCCCUCUCCCUCUAUCUCUGUGUCUCUCUGUCUCUCUGUCUCUGUCUCUGUCUCUCUCUCUCUCUCACACACACACAGAAACACUGCUUUAUAAUGAAAAGGAGGACACUUUCUGAAUAAUGUCUUGUAUGAUUUUCCCAGCUAGCAGUCCUUUCUUUUGGUUUUAUACUGGUACAACUCUAAGGAAGAAUUCCACAACCUGGAGCAUUUUGGUUUACUUCUUAACAUGUAGACAUCCCUCACGUCGAGGUCUCUGGGAAUCUUUGAAUAUCUUAAAAUUAUAAGCAAAAGUUUGAAUGUCGGGGCAUUUUUUCUGAGGCGAGACUCCAUUAUUUACAGCAAACUUCUAAGGAAGCUAUGGCUCCCAAGAGCUGGCAAACCACUGCCUUAAAUCGAUAGUAGCCUCACAAGUCAACUGAGGCCUGACUUAACAAUCACAGUUUCCAUUUUCACUCUCUUUUUCUCCCCUAUUCCUGUUGUCCUGACUAAAAUACAGUAAAAGGUCUCUGCACAGCAUUCUUCCUUAAACUUAAAAAGCUUAAAGACUCAAGGACUCUCUUAUGCAAUCUGUUCCUCUUAUUAUGAAUUUCUUAAUCAAAAUGCACGUUAUCUAGAAAAUAGUCAAUGACAAGUUUUUUAAAAUACGUCUACUCCAUCAAAACCGAAUUUGACACAUUCCAGCAGCAUUUUUAAUAUUUGAAAGUUCAUUACGGUCAUAGCAAAAAUACAGGAAAAAUGAAAACUGCAUGAAUUUCAUGCCAGAGAAGAAUUUUCAAAGAAUCCUCAGAUGGUUUGAGCACAUGCUAUUACAGUGUCUAACAAAUGAAAAAAAGACAUAAAAUAUUAUAAAACAUCAAAAAACCAGAAAGCAAUGACUAAUUGAAUUUUUUCAAAAAUAUUUAUUGUAUUUUGUACAGAAAAUUAAAAUUAUGAUUGAAUUCACAAUGCGCUCAUCUUAUACAAGGAAUGUAUAAGAUGUAUAAGAUGGAGCUAGACUAAUAGAUAUUUCAAAUGACUUCAAACGUCCUCUUCUGAGGUCUUGCCCAUUGCAGUUAAUGCCAACUCCAACCUUCCAGAUGCUCAGAUCAAAAACCUAAAGUCACUUUUAACUCCUCUUUCUCUCUCAACUUUCAUCUAAUCCAUCAACAAAUUCCCUUGAUGCUAGAUUGAAAUAUAACCAGAAACCAACAACUUACCACCACAUCCACUAUAACCUUUUUCAUUGCAAUAUGCUUAUAAUUUGGUUCCCUAGUUUUCCAACCCUUGCCCGUAAUAGUCUUUUCUCAAUACAAGAGCCAUAGUGAUUCUGUUAACCAUGAACUUCAUUGUGUCACUUCUCUGCUCACAACCCUCCAAUGACUUCUCAUGUCUCUCCAACCAGACUUCUCACAGUGGUCUUCAAGGUCCUUCAUGAAUGAUACCCCUCUACUCGUGUUCAUACACACACAUGCACACAUGUUUCUGACUACACAUCUUACCAUUCUGCCCGUUACUUACUUUGCUCUGGCUGCCACACAAGUUUCUGUCUUGGUGUUUUGUUCCCUCUGCCCCACAGAGCUCUCUCACUCACUUUAUUUAGGUCUCUGUUCAAAUAUUUUCUAAUCGGUAAGGCAAACCAUUCUCUCCCUUGCCCUCCAUAUCCUCUGUGCAUUCUCUGACAAACUAUAAAUUUGCUUCUUUAUUUUUUGUCUACCCUUCCACCCCCCAACAUCCCCAUCACACACCUUAGAAUGUAAGCCCCAUAACGGCUGGGACUUUGCCAGUUUUGUUCACUGUGGUAUCCUCAGUAUCUGUUAGAGUUCUUGGCACAUAGUAAGUAUUCUUUAAAUAUUUCUUAAAUUAAUGAACUGAAAAAUGUGUGUUAUUGUUGCUAAGUUCUAUGUAUCAUAUCUUUUUUUGCAUAUUAUUUUAAAUUUUAAAAUAAAGUCUAGUCAUAUAUUUAGACA